ACAAAUCCUCUCCUGUCGUAUCCGUUUAAUAUCCUUUUUGCAAUACCUCCCCAAAUUGCUCUCACACUUGAUACUGUGUGAUGAUGAAAUGUCAACAAUUAGCAAUUCCUUUGAUAAUGGUCAGGUUCUGGGGGCCUCAGCUGACUUGAAAAGGUUAAAAGAAGCAGAAGCAGAGUUUCAGCUCAGUUAGGGAGGGCUCAGUAUGACUGCAGCAGGAUAGGAGAUUAAUGUAAGGAAACUGUGUCUUGUAAGGUUGUAGCUUUGCAUUAUAUAGGUUGUAUAUAUGGGAAUACUAAGUUUGGGUGGUUUGUUUUAUUUGGAUUCAUAAUGGACAAUUAAUCUGUUUUCUGUUAUUGCCAUAAAUUCUGUUAAUGUGUGAUUGAUGUUUCAGCUUCAUAUACAUUCAAAGUGCAAACCACCACUACCAUUAUCUAUAACAGUCACAAACUAAAAAUAGGUGAUCCAUUACAUAAUGUUAUGGUUGUUUAAUGAUGGUAAACUCGACUCAGGUUCCAUAUUUUGCACUUUCUGCCUACUUGGACACUGGGGUUUUUAAAUAUUUAUAUUUCAUGAUUCUUAUGUGUCUAUAUAUUCUAAUUAUGUGUGCCAAUCUUUUGCUCAUUGUGAUUAUCUGUAUGAACAGAAGCUUACAUGAACCUAUGUACAUAUUUCUGUGCAGCCUGUUUGUAAAUGAACUGUAUGGUAGUACAGGGUUGUUUCCAAUGCUUCUGGUUCAGAUUCUCUCUGACAUUCACACUGUUUCUGCUCCCCUUUGUUUCCUGCAGAUUUUCUGUUUGUAUUCUUAUGCAUGUGUGGAAUUUCUCAACUUAGCUGUCAUGUCUUAUGACAGAUAUCUUGCUAUCUGUUGUCCUCUGCAAUAUAACACACGUAUGACACGUAACAAGAUUACAAUACUUAUUGCUGUAGCAUGGAUAUAUGCCUCUGUUUCAUGUUUUAUUCCAAUAUCAUUGAGUGCCCCUUUACAGCUGUGUGGGAACAUUAUCAACAAAGUGUACUGUGACAACUACUCUAUCGUUAAACUGGCCUGUUAUGACACAACAGUCAACAACAUUUAUGGACUCAUUGCCACUUCUCUCACAAUCUUAUGUCCUGUAUGUCUGAUCUUUUACACUUACAUGAGGAUUCUUAAAAUUUGUUUUUCUGGUUCCAAACAGACCAGACAGAAAGCUAUCAGUACCUGCGUACCUCACCUUGCUUCUCUCCUGAACUUUUCUUUUGGUGCUUGCUUUGAAAUAAUGCAGAGCAGAUUUAAUAUGAACAAUGUGCCUAAUAUGUUGCGAAUAUUUUUAUCCCUAUACUGGCUUACAUGCCAGCCGCUCUUCAACCCCUUACUAUAUGGUCUGAAUAUGUCAAAUAUCCGUAAACAUAUGUAAAAAUCUAAGUUUUGCUUAAUGAAGACUAAAGGUCCCUGAGAUUUUCUGAUUUGAUUUAAAUUAGUUGUGCAUUUUGUCAUAGGUUGGAAAAUAAUGUAAAAUUAUUUGUUGUGUACUGCUGAAAUCAUUUUGCUUCUGUAAAUACAGCGGACACUUAAAAUGUACGUAACAUCAACAGUAGCAAUAAUCAUGAUUUAUUUUGUAAGCAGCUUUCAUUACAUUGUGUCCUUUAUAUAGAAAUAUAUAUUUAAGAGAAUAGCAGAAAACAAAGGCUAUUCUUAAUAAGUAGAUAGCAUAAUUGUCAGUCACAGUUGUUUGCAGGAUUCUUUAUUUGCUUUGUCUGAAAAAUUUAAUUUCUACUCAAUAAACAAUUGAAUAAUG